AUGAGUGCUGCUAAAUAUACAGAGCCCUGCGACACUGCUCUUUUGCCCAAAGGAGAUCAUCAAAAAACAUCUGAUGAUGAAAAAGUGCAAAUGAAAAAAGAAUUGGGUCUCUUAGAAGGAGUAGCUAUUAUUUUAGGAAUUAUUUUUGGAUCUGGGGUUCUUCAAGAAGUGGGAUCACCAGGGUUUUCUAUUUUGGUAUGGGUAUUAUGUGGAUUGCUAUCCAUGAUUGGAGCAUUAUGUUAUGCUGAACUUGGGACAUCCAUUCCAAAAUCUGGUGGAGAUUAUGCAUAUAUUUUUGAAGCUUUCGGUCCAUUGCCUGCAUUUUUAUACUUAUGGGAUGCCAUGUUAAUUUUCGUGCCAACAACAAAUGCCAUAAUGGGUCUCACUUUUGCUUCUUACAUCACCAAACCACUUUUUCCAUAUUGUGCAAUUCCAGAUGCUGCUAUAAGAUUAAUUGCAGCUGCUGCUAUAUGUUUGCUAAGUUUUCUUAACUGCUAUGAUGUUAGAUUAACGACUAAAUUGCAGAAUUUAUUCAUGUUCACCAAAAUAUUUGCUUUAGUCAUAAUUAUUAUAGCCGGUUUCACAUAUGCUGCUUUGGGAAAUGUUGAAUAUUUUGAAAAUAUAUGGCAAGGAACUGUCACAGAUUCGGGGAGAAUAGCAGUUGCUUUUUAUUCUGGGAUAUUUUCUUAUUCUGGAUGGAAUUAUUUAAAUUUUAUGACUGAAGAACUUAAAAAUCCCUAUGUAAAUUUACCGAGAGCUAUUUACAUUUCUCUUCCGACAGUAACAAUUGCUUAUGUAUUGGCUAAUAUAGCAUAUCUUAUUGUUUUAAGUCCUGUAGAAUUGAUUGCUUCUGAUGCUAUCGCAGUUACUUUUGCAGAUCAUUUACUCGAUUACUUUUCUUGGGUCAUGUCAAUUUUGGUUGCCAUAUCAGCUUUCGGAGGUUUAAGUGUACACAUAAUGACAUCUUCAAGAAUGUGUUUUGUCGGAGCAAGAUAUGGACACUUUCCAGCCAUGUUGUCUCACAUAAACAUAAAAAGAUUUACUCCCACACCUUCUUUAGUUUUUUUAAUGAUAUUAUCUUUAAUUAUGUUAUGCACUAGUGAUGUUUAUGUAUUAAUUACAUACAGCAGUAUCGUCGAAUCGUUUUUCAUUAUGCUUUCCGUUGCCGGUAUUUUAUAUUUACGUUGGACUAAGCCGAACAUGGAAAGACCUAUAAAAGUUUCAUUAUGGGUCCCAGUAACAUUUGUCAUUAUAUGCGCCCUUCUCGUUAUAAUACCGUGUUUCGAACGUCCCAUAGAAGUCGGGGUAGGAAUAUUGAUAACACUCACAGGUAUACCUUGUUAUCUAAUCGGUGUAAAAUGGCAAAACAAACCCAAAUGGUUUUUAAAUUCUUUGCGUGAGUAUAUUAUAAUAUGUAAAAUUAUAAAAUAA